GAGGAAAUAGAGACGAGUCACUCACACAUGCCGCAUACACCUGCUAGACAUCAGUCAGCCAACCACACAGUCAAUGUACAGGUCCCCGAGCCUCCCUUGAACAAAAGAAAGCACCGGGAACGACACACAUGGCCAUUCUACCAUCAUGCAGGCCUAUCUUAUCUACAAACGCUGACAAAUGACACUGGCAUCGGCACUCCGCCCCUGGUACACAAUCACGUGACCAGCUUGAUCAAUGUGAAGAGCUGAAACUCCACCAUGGAUGGCACGGCGUAUGUGGGCAUCAGCACCAUGGGGUAGCUCAGCACCUCUCGUGUGUCGGGCUUCCGCCCGCCAGUAUACCCAAACCCCCACAAAGACGGCAGAUAGUAAUACAGGAACUGAACAAACAACACACACGGAUGCCGCAACACGCUUGUGUCUGUGUGUCUCGUAGAAAUGUGUUGAUCGCUGCUUACGAUGACGGCGAGUGGUGCCACCGAGAUGCCCACAGCGCAGAGGAAAAUGAGGAACGAAGUGUUGACCGCCACGCCGGCCGUCAGGCAGAUGCCCGUGACCAACACGGGCACCGCAUGGAGGAAGUCGACAGUCGCCGGCAUUGCGGCCCACCACAGCGGCAGCUUGCCCCGGAAAUACUGCACACACAUGAAACGAAGUCAGGAAGGAAUUUGCCAUUGGUCGGCUGGUGGCUUCUGCUUCGCAGCCGGCAGACCUUGAUUAGUGUCCCGACAGCCAACACACGAACGUACUGGAGCGUGAACAGCCACCACAGGGGAGUUGCAUCAAGCAGAUCCUGCAAGGAAGGCAAUUCACAAGAAACAAACAGAUGACACGCUGCAAUCAUGGGUCUCUUCCUCGUAUGCCCACCGCAGUGGCGGUCCUGAAAUCCCCCGGCACAGCCGCCGCAAUGAUCGUGGCGACGAGCGGCAGUAUGCCCACCGCCAUCGUGAGCUGCCGUGUGGUCCGCAGGAAGAAGCCCUGGUACCCAAGAGCGCCGACCACCACACCGAAGACCAGGCGGACGGCGAACCAUGUCCAGAGGGAAUACUCCUGGGCGGCAGAGUACCAGCCGAUAGUGAACGCCAGCCAGAUGAACUGCCAGAGAAAGAUCAGUGGCGUGACGACGCUGUUGCCGCGGUCAUGCCGGGGCUGUUCCUCCCACUCACGGGAAUCGAGCUUCUGAGAUUCCACAUCGCCUGCCAACCGCACACACACACACGCACACACAGGCAUGGUAAGGAAAGAAUGACUCCUAUUGUGAAGCUGCAGAGCGUACUGCAUGAUGUGCAUUCCUGACCUUGAACAGGGACGGUGCCGUACUGCUGUGCUGCCAUUUACGCUUUGCGAACACGUAGAUAUCGUCAAGAGGCUGUAAGUGAAUCGACGGCGGACAGAUCUGUUAGAUCCGAGCACAGAUAAAGCAGCACAACCAUGAACACGACAAGCAUAAAGCUCCUUUCCCUAAACAUGAACACGAAUCUUGCGAGCUCCAUGGUCUCAUUUGCGAGCUCGACUUUCUGCGUGGGAGUUUUAGUCAGCGCGAAGGUCCCGUCAGCAGCAGAGGCCACCAGAGAAGUCACAACACCUUCCUCACCCUCUUACUUCCAGCCUUG